AAGAACUGGAAAGGCAUUAACAAACCCUUCUAAGCUCUUUAGCUCUCUCUACCUAUCUCACUCUAAAGCCUCUAAAGCCCUUGCUUUCGAUCGGAGAUGACGAAUCAGAAUGUGUUGGUACCGGAAUCGAUGGAGAUUGCGGUGGCGGCGGUGGCUAAUCCGGCGCCGAUGUUCCCUUAUCUGCCGCCGCAUGGCGGUGGUGCUUCCGCCGGCGGCGUCAGAGGCGGAUUCGGCAUCAGACGGAAGUGCCUGCCUCAGCUGGAUCUUGCUGAGAAUGGUGGAAGUGGUAGGAUCAAUGUAUGGAUUGAAACAAUGGAAGCCUCUUCGCCGAAGCACAAGUCGGCGGCGACUCUUGGUGUCUCCGCCUCAAUCACAGGUCCGCACGAGCAUUCGACAUGGAUGUUGAGCCACCCGUCGGCGCUGAGCAUGUUCGAUGAGAUCACAAAAGCGUUGAUUGGGAAGCAGGUUGUGAUGUUUCUCGACUAUGACGGCACGCUCUCACCCAUCGUUGAUGACCCCGACCGUGCCUUUAUGUCCGACGCGAUGAGAGAUGCGGUUAGAGAUGUGGCGCGAUAUUUCCCAACGGCAAUUGUGAGUGGCCGUUGCCGGAACAAGGUCUACAGUUUUGUGAGAUUGGCAGAGCUGUACUAUGCUGGUAGCCAUGGCAUGGACAUCAAAGUUCCAGCUAAGGGACCCAGUUUGAAGAAACCUAAUGGCAAAGCCGUUCUGUUUCAACCAGCUAGUAAGUUCCUCCCGAUGAUAGAUAAGGUUUAUAGAACCUUGCUGGAAGCGACCAAAUCUACUCCUGGGGCCAAGGUGGAGAACAACAAGUUCUGUGUGUCGGUCCACUUUAGAUGUGUGGAUGAAAAGAGAUGGAGAGCUUUAGCCGAUCGAGUUAAAUCGGUGUUGAAAGAGUACCCAAAGCUACGGCUAACUCCAGGAAGAAAGGUGCUAGAGAUUCGCCCCAUUAUUAAAUGGGACAAAGGGAGGGCCAUGGAGUUCCUGUUAAAGUCUCUUGGAUUCGCUGACUGCAAGGAUGUGUUGCCCGUUUAUAUUGGUGAUGAUCUAACAGAUGAAGAUGCUUUCAAGGUGUUGAGAAACAGAGGACAAGGCUUUGGUAUACUGGUUUCUAAAAUUCCCAAGGAAACAAGCGCCUCUUAUUCUCUUCAAGAGCCAUCUGAGGUUAUGGACUUCUUGCAACGGCUAGUGGAGUGGAAGAGACUUACCUUGAAGUCUUGUACAAUGGUGUAGAUUGGAUAAAAUAUGUGCCCCGCACCACCCAUUAAUGCAAAGGGUGGGAUUGUUGGGAUAGAAAAUGCAUGUAUUUCCUCUAGGAAGGAAAAAUUGAGUGCCUUUUGUUCGUCUUUCUUUCCUUCCUUGCUCCCCCCUCCCCUUUUGGAUCUUAGUUGGGCUUCAAAGCAUUGUAAACUAGCUUUCUUGACCCUUUCACAAGCAGCUAAGUAUUUGUAAUUAUUUCCAUGUACAAGGAAAAAAGUAAGUAAUAGCAAUUGUUCUUUUUGUUCUCUA